UCGGCCUUAUCCCCCCCCUCCUCUCCGCAAAUUAGGAAUCGGGGCUAAUUGUCCCCCGCUGCCCCCCCGCCCCCGGAACCUGCACUUCGCAUCUCGCCGUGGCUUUUUUUCCUCCUCGCUCUUUGCCGUUUCUGCCUCCAAACGCUACUUUGCGUGGAAGAAGGAGAAGGGAAAAAGUUGGGAGCGGAUGGCUGUAGUUUCUUCUCUGGGAUCCUCAUUCAUUCCUCGCUGAACCUCCUGUUGCAUAAAUGAUGCUCCGGGAGCGAGGCUUUGCCUUUUUUUCUCUCCUCCGGAUUUGGGUUUAAGAGUGGAUGUUCCCGGGUUUCGCUCGCCUCUUUGGAAAUACAAUAUCGCUUUUUUUUUUUCUUGUUGUUGUUUUUUUUUUUUUUGCUGCCCCUCCAUCUUUUUUUCCCUCCCUUCUUCUUCUCAACCACCCACCCCCCGACCCCCCUUGAAAAAGCAAAAUCCGACUGUGUUUCCUGCAAGGCUCGGGAUUUCUGAUUGCGGUUAUUUCCAUGUUUCUAGGUUUGUGUGAUUUUGCUAAAAUGCAUCACCAACAGCGAAUGGCUGCCUUAGGGACGGACAAAGAACUGAGUGAUUUACUGGAUUUCAGUGCGAUGUUUUCACCUCCUGUGAGCAGUGGGAAAAAUGGACCAACUUCCUUGGCAAGUGGACAUUUUACUGGCUCAAAUGUAGAAGACAGAACUAGCUCAGGGUCCUGGGGGAAUGCAGGACAUCCGAGUCCAUCCCGGCAGAACUAUGGAGAUGGGACUCACUAUGACCACAUGGCGAGCAGAGACCUCGGCUCACACGACAAUCUCUCUCCUCCCUUUGUCAAUUCCAGAAUACAAAGUAAAACAGAACGAGGCUCGUACUCCUCAUAUGGCCGAGAUUCCAACUUGCAGGGCCUGCCACCAGCAGAGCCUGCUCGGAGGGGACAUGGAGCUGGCCACCCCCGGGGCGCUGUCCCCCAGCAAGCCGGGCUCCCAGUACUACCAGUACGCCGGCAGCGCCCGCCGGAGACCCCUGCAUGGCUCCUCCAUGGAAGUUCAGACAAAGAAAGUUCGGAAAGUUCCUCCGGGUUUGCCCUCCUCCGUAAGUACCGCGGCUGCUCGGGAGCUUUGUUUGGGAUCAGGGAUGGCAGGAGCCCAUUCCCGGGGGAUGAGGCUCGGGAAGAGGUAAGGAAUGUUGGGCUCCUUCGCGGGGCCAACCGACGGAUCUGCGGCGGGAAGGACGGACCGGGAAUUGCUGGGAAUGGGCCGGCAUGCGGGAGGGCGGCUCCCAGAUCCCAGC